GUAUCAGAGUCCCAGUCACUCGUGCCGCCGCCACUCCAGCUCUCCUCGCCGCCGCGCCGGCAUGGCUCUCGCUCUCCAAGCCCUCCGCCGCAGCCGCCCCCUCCACGGGCUCCUCCCCCACCCCUCCCCACUCUCCACAUCCGCCUCACCUCCCGACGCCCGCGAGCUCCUCCGCAUCGACCGCAUCCUAAACAGCCCCGCCGCCGCCGGCGGCCAACCGUCGCAACCCCAGCAACACCCAGGCGCCGCCACCGACCUGCACCAGCUCCUCCACCGCGCCGCCGGCCUAACCGCAGCGGAGUCCGCCUCCCUCCUCCGCCGCCUCCCCGGCGCCCACCCCCACCCCCGCCUGGGCCGCCUCCUCCACGAGCUCGCGGGCCUCCGCCUCCCUGGCGGCGAAGUCAAGGCCGCCCUGGCGUCCGACCCGGAAGGCCUCCUCUCCAUGGACACCGGCGAGCCGUCCCGCCUUCUCGAGCUCCUGCGCGACCUCCGGUGCCGGGAGGCGGUGAGGGGCCAGAUCCUCGCCCACGGUGCGCUCCGCGCCGCCCUCGCCGCCCGGCGGCUGGUGGAGCUCCUCCGCGCGCGCGGGCUCACCCGCCACGACGCCCUGCGCGUGCUCGCCGCCGAGCCGCGGGCGUUGCUGUAUUCGGCGGAGGACGUGGAGAGGAAGGUGGAGUUCUUGGUGGGAACAAUGGGAUUCGAGGUCCGGUGGCUGGUGCAGUAUCCGGAGUUUCUGGGCGUGAACCUCGAUAGGUGGAUCAUCCCACGGCACAAUGUGGUGGAGCACUUGAAAUCCAUCGGCGGGCUCGGGGACCCUGUCGAGAUGAAGCACUAUGUGAGGCUCACCCGCAGGAGGUUUUACAACAUGUUUGUCAAGCCGUACCCGGAGUGUGAGCGAAUAUUUGGUGGCCUGGUCAGGGAGAGGGAUGAGAUGGUGAGGCGGCGACAUCCGACUGGGCUAUGGAAACUGUUUAAGCCGGCGAAGCAUGAGAGAACCCAGGAGGAUGUGCAGAACAUGAAGCUUCUUGUGGGAUCACUUAAAUGAGUGAUGUUAUGCCCAAGGGAACACUGGUGGUCUCAAACAGCAAACGCUCAACCAAAGAUGCAUUGUGAGCUUUCGGUUAUGCUGUACCAAUAUCUAUUUUCACAGGAUACCCAAACCGGCUCUGAUAACCAAGGACUGUUUGAGGUAACUGGCCAGGGUGUGAAGAGGUGUGGGUGGUAUUGUCGUGAAACCAUAAUUGUUCAUGAAGUGCCUAUGUGGUGACAAAAAUGGCAGUUGUUACUAAUGGACACAGAUAAUGUUCAAUAUUCUCAAAAAUAUCUUCGCAAGGCAUUCUACCACAGACUGCAAGAUUAAUUCGAGCAAUUCUAGUGUGCUGAUCAGCAUUUCUUUCACUGGAGAGUAAAGCAGGUGUUCAGGAAAUCUGUCAGCUGAUGGAAUGAUUACCUCAAGAUUUCAACGGAUGCAUAGAGCAGCAGAAGCUCAUUGCAUAUUUUCUUGAGGAAUUUAUGAUGAUCAGAACAUUUUGCUCAGAAGAUGUGCAUGCUAAUUUAAUACAGAAUUGUUUUCUUGUGUAUACAUCGUGGCACUGAUUCUUGGAGAGACAAGCAAAGACAGUUGGCGCAAGAUUUUCAAUCGAACACCCGUGCAGCCAACGAUCAGUCCAGAAAAGUGUAUUGUUUUGGUACAAGGACUAACUUUACCUUGUCGUCAGCUCAUAUUGCUUGCUUCAGGAUAGGGAAAAAUGAUGGUUGUUGAUCCAACUGAAAUAUAAGUCAAAGAACAAGAGAUCUUUCAGCAUUUCCCACCAUGCUGGAAUUAUGGUUCAAGGACUAACUUUAUUUCUUCUCCUUCCUGUGUAAAUGCCUUUAAGUAAUUCCUUCAGGGUCCUAAUUUUAUUAUUUGUUCCAUUUAUUUCUCUGUGAAUGCUUGUCCAGUCCUGAGUUGUUAUUCCUUUUUAUGAGAUGUUUAUUAUUGGAUUUCACAUUUCCCUAUGAUGUUUUGCGAUUGCUACUUGAUUGUGUUACUUCCUAUUUCUUUGUUAGAGAAAACACAUGGACUUUAUGCUAACAAGUAGGAAGAACAUGUAGUCUCUGAAAUCAAGUUUGAUCCACCUACGUAAAAAUUGAUGCCUUUAAAUGUUUUUUGUCCUUUUCUUAUUCCUUCUCUUAAAUUCCUGUUAUUUCUCAGUAUAUGCAAGAGCUCCUUGCAACUGACAUAAGCAAGUCAUUUGAUAUUGGCUUGACAUUUUAUUGCUCGGAUUGAAAAUUUCCUGCUUACUUCGUUUGCAAGAAAAUUGCUCUUGUACUUGAGAAGUUAACUUAAGGGUUGGACUUUGAUCGAUAGACUACACAUCACUGUCGACUAUGAUUCACCAAUAUUUUAUUUUGGUGCUGAGCUGCUAUAAAAUAGCACAUUAGCUGUCCUUUAAAAUCACGAUAAAAAUCAGAGUAGUUAUAUCUGCACAAGAAAAGGUGUUCAGGGAUGAAGAAAUUAUCACCACUGCAUAUAGCCUUGGUUCUUUUAGCCUUAAGCUCUCCGUUGCAUGUAUCAAGUACUGAACCAGGGCAUGGUAUUCUUUUUCAGCUCUACUUUCUUCAUAACGUUUUGUCUUUACUGUUGAAAUUGUUUUACCUUGCAAUAGGUCGAAGAAUGCUGCAGGGAAUGAAAGUAACCUCGACCUCAUAUGCAACAACCCAGGCUAUCCAUGUUGACGAGGCAGAAUUCAUGCAUGCUGGAAGUAUGGGAUUUGUGCUCAAUGACUACCCUGCGUCUGGCGCAAACAACCGCCAUUCACCAUACCCGGGUGGCACCAGAUGAAAGGAGGAUGUACGACAGCUGUUCCACUCAGCCAUGGUGUACCUUACAUCCUUAAUUUUCAUAAGAAUGCCCUGGCAUUCACUAGCAUACAAGAACCUGAAAUGUCAUCAGAUGUGUGCCAAUGUUGUAACUGCGUGCGCUUCACAAAAACUGCCCGCCAUUUUCCUUAGCUGGGGAUAUACCAGUUUGAGGGAACAAAUGAUGACAGAGAAUAACACGCUUCUUUUAGGUUUGAUGCAAUGGUCACAUUAUUAAGGACAUCCUUGCCAAUUAGAUGCUUUCAGCCUUGUAUUGUGGCAUGCGAUGUUGUAAGUAGUUCUUGCUUCAAAUCCUGUUUCGAAUAUUUACUUUGGAUGAAAAAGUGGUAAUGCUUUAUAUUUAUAUUUGAUUGGCCA